CUUCAUGAACACAUCGGAUAGAGAAGAAAUUAUCACAUAUCAAAGAUGCAGUGGAGUCUGUAUCUGCUUAUUCUGAUGGGUCAGUGUUGCUUCUUUACAUGCCGCCUGUAUGAGUACCACUUUAUUGCAGAAAACAAGAGCUGGUCUGAAGCACAGAGAUACUGCAGAGAGAAAUAUACAGACCUGGCCAAAGUGUUUGACAUGACAGACAUGAGCAGACUCCGUAACUCCACACAGAAUCAAGGAGAAGCCUGGAUUGGCCUGAACAACAACACAGGUGGAAACAGGACGUGGCAUUGGUCUCUGCCAGGAGUGGAAUACAUUCAAAAUGACAGCAGCUGGAAUCUGAAUGGAAGACAAAAGUGGGAACCAUAUCCUGGGAACUGUGGGAGAAAAAGAGACAAGCUGGCAGAUGUUUCAUGUGACAAGACUAUGUGGUUCAUCUGCUAUGAUGAAAAGAAGAAAGACAAGAAAGCAAUGUAUUUGAUUAAGGAGAAGAAGAACUGGACACAGGCUCAGAACUACUGCAGAUCCAAUUACACUGACUUGGCCAGUGGACUCGAUCAGGUAGAUGGAGAAGAAAUGGAGGCCCUGUUCGUUGGCAGUGUCAUGAGUGUGUGGAUUGGUCUGUUCAGAGACAGCUGGAGGUGGUCAGAUGGGAGUAAUUUCUCUUUCAGAUACUGGGAUAUGCAGUUAUUCAAUGAUAAACAAAGCAACAAGACAUGUGCUAUGACUCUGUUAAACAGAUCAGGAAAAUGGAGCUCUGAUGAAUGUGACAAAGGAAAACCCUUCUUCUGUUAUGAUGAAAAAUUGAUCCUGAUGAAAGAAAACAAGACCUGGGAGGAGGCCUUGGAUUACUGCAGAGCAUUUCACAUGAGCCUGGUCUCCAUCACUAACCCUUACCAACAGAGAUGGGUGGAGGAGAGAGCAAAGAAUGCCUCGAGUCCUUUUGUCUGGCUCGGUCUGCGCUACUCCUGCACUCUGGAUCUGUGGUUCUGGAUCAAUGACAAAGUGGUCUGCUAUGAGAAGUGGAGCAGAGGCGGAAAGACUGAGGAGUGUGGCAGGGCUGUGGGCAUGCAGAGUGGAGGACAGCAUGAGUGGGUCAGUCAGAGAGACAAUGAGACAUAUAAUUUUUUUUGUUUUAAAUAAGAAUUCAGAACUAUUUUAGAAUUGAGGCAAAAUAA